AUGUACAAGGAUCAAAAGCUUUGGAUUCCAGCCUAUUUUAAAGACAUGCCACUACAUGGUCUGAUGAGAACUACUUCAAGGUCUGAAAGUGUCAACUCAUUUUUUAAUAAAUACUCUAACUCUGGUAAUUUGCUUAUCUAUUUCAUGAUGAACUACGACACCGCAAUUGGAAAGCAACGAAAUGGUCAACAGAAACUAGAGCAUGAUACAAAAAAUGCAAAGCAUGAAAUGACGCUUCCAAGUGGAUUACUAGAACAUGCAGCUGCAGUUUACACUAAAACCGUUUUCUAUGAGGUCAAAAAGGAAAUAUUUAAAGCAGUCUGGUACUGUUCUAUUGACAGCAUUGAAAUGAUUGAUGGGUGGCAAGUUGUUAUGAUUACACAAAAGGAUAAGAGCAAACAGUUGAAGAUAAAAUGCAAAGUUGAACUAAAGUUGCCUGAAAAAGAAGUUAAAUGUUCAUGCAAUCACUUUAUACGUACUGGCAUUUUGUGUCAUCAUAUUUUUGUUGUAUUGAAAAACAACCAUGUUGAAGAGAUUCCAGAGCAGUAUAUUCUCAGAAGAUGGAAAAGGGAUGCAAUUUCCAGCCAUUUGCUUGCCAUGAAACAUGUUGCCAUGGAUACCGAAGAUGACACCUUUAAACUUCUAACAGAGGCAUACAACAAUAUUGAAUACUGCUUGGAUCAUUUCAAAAGAAGCAAGGAGGAGUUGUUGGAAUUUUUUGAAAAAACACGUAUCUUGAAGCAGGCAAUAAUGGAGUUUGGCAGUUCAAACCAAUCAUCAUCUGAUAAUGAUGAAGAAGAAAUUAUUCGGAUGCCUGGAAUACGCAACAUUCAUGAUGAAAUAAAUACCCGUCCACCUUCAUCUAUACGUACCAAAGGGAGUGGAACUAAGAAAAGAAUGGUUAGUGCUAUGGAGAAAGCUAUUGAAGCUGCAAAGAAAAAAACUAGACUUUGCAUAGGUUGCAAUCAAUAUGUUAACCAUAAUUGGAGGACUUGCAAAGUCAGACUUGUACGAGAGUCAAAACAACCUUAA